AUGUCAGUUCUUUUCAACAAGACAGAACCUCCAUUUGGUCCAAUCAUCAAUGGCACUCAAAUCGUUUUCUUUGAAUACCUCCCAAACGAACCAGCUGCUUGGAUAUUCGUCGUCUUGUUCUUCCUCGCUGCUGUCGUCCAUCUUGGUCUUUUAAUAUGGCUGAGGGCAUGGCACUUUUUGCCCCUCACUCUUGGGGCUGUCGGUGAGGGUUUUGGCUACUAUGGGCGUGUUCAGGCACACAAAACACCCAACGUUGCAGGCCCGUUUAUUAUGCAAAACAUCUUGAUCUUGGGAUGCGCACCACUGAUCGCCGCCACUGUCUAUAUGACUCUUGGAAGAUACAUCCGAGUUUUCCAGCUGAGAGAUCGUAUUGUUAUCCCACCACGACUGAUGACGUUCGUCUUUGUCACUGUGGAUUUGGGUUGCUUCGUAACUCAGGUCUUUGGCUCGGCCGCGCCAGCUUCAGGCGAUCCUCAAGGCAUUGCACUUGGGAAAACGUUGAUCAUAUCAGGCUUGAUUACACAGCUUGCAGCUUUGUGUCUCUUCCUGAUAAUGACUCUGGUUUCCGACAGACUAGCGAAGAACAGCAGAUCACAAGACUAUAAGGCCAGCCCGAUAGCCGACUCUGCUCCGAGAUAUUUUCAGGUUACAUACUGGGUCGCUGGAGCGAUGUUGCUCCGCAGUCUUGUUAGAGGCAUCGAGUAUGUUCAGGGAGAUGGGGGGUUCAUUAUCUCGCACGAAGCUUUUGUUUAUGUUCUGGACGGCGUGCCGAUGGUAUUCGUCGCAGCCGUGUACGUUUUCGUUCACCCUGGAAUGCUUCUUCGGGAUGCAGUUCGAGUGGGAGGAACAGAAGAGCACCAAGAACUCGCGAGUUAUCGCCGAAUGUCUGCUUGA